AUGGACGGCUUUGACGACCUUCUUGCUCCGACACGACAGGCUCUUGAGACUAACCCAUUCGCUGAAGGAUUCCAUCGGUCAGGCUCACCAGAUCCAUGGGCGUCGCCGUUCACCUCGAAUAACGCCAAUGACGGUUUUGGUACCUCGAGUAUAUACGAUGAUCACAACCCAUUUAGUAGCAGUGUGAAUCCCUACGCAUCCCCGACAACCCCAGCCUUUGGGUCGCCAAAGGCCGAGGAGAAGGAUUUGUCUCCAGAACCAGAGGACGGCGAGCAGCCGACACCUGCCAACGAACCAUCAGACCCUCUCGACUCGGCGAACGCGACGCUGGAUGACGAUGAAGACAACCGACCGCUUGGAACGCUGCGUUCACCCGGAUUUCGCGAGAGUGUGGCGCCCAUUAGCAGUGCAUACCCCGAACCCGCACAUAGCUAUACCUCUACGCCGACGAGGUCGAGGACGCCUGACACCGAUGUCGACAGCAAGCUCCCAACCAAAAUCACUGUGGCCCCUCCAUCUGCUAUUCAAGCACAACAUAUCCAGCAAUCGACGGAGGCCGCGAGUAGCUCUCGUAUCGUCUCCCCACUCGAAGAAACGACGACGAGCGCAUUGGAGCGAUCGCUUGGAGGAUUGGCUCUUGGGCCUGAUGUUCUGGGGUCUGGUUCUAACAGUCGAGGAUGGCAGCAAGAUGACACGAGUGCAUGGGGAAGAACCGACUUGCCCCCUACUCCAGUAACACCAGUGCAAAAUCCCCCUCCAGACGAUGACAGCGACGAUGAUAAACCCAUUAAUCAAGUUCUCAAGAGGCAUAGCCAAGACGAAAGUCAUAACACUCCUCAGACAACUGACAAUGGGAUACCACCUGUCUUCGUGAUCACAGUCGAUGACCCACAAAAGGUCGGAGACCCGUUGCGCCCAUACAUCAUGUACACCGUCCACACUCGCACAACAUCCCCACUCUUCCACAAGUCUGCAUUUUCCGUGCUGCGGCGUUACUCUGACUUUGUAUGGCUAUAUGAGGCACUCUGUUACAACAAUCCAGGUGUUGUCGUACCACCUGUUCCGGAGAAGAGCUCUUUUGGGCGAUUCGAAGACCAAUUCGUUCGACAGCGGCGCCUGGGACUUGAGAAGUGUAUUCAGAAGAUGGCUAAUCAUCCCGUCCUUGCCAAGGACCCUGAUUUGAGGCUAUUCUUAGAGAGCGAUACUUUCUCAUUGGAUAUUAAGCAUCGCAAGUCGGAAACACCGCAUGAGAACAAGGGUCUCAUUGCCUCUAUUGGACAGACGUUGGCAGGUCCACGGUUCCAUGAAACGGACGAAUGGUUCGAGAAGAAAAAAUCAUAUCUAGACAGUUUGGAAUCUCAACUUCGUGGCCUGGCCAAGUCAAUUGAAUUCGUUGCACGGCAUCGAACAGAAUUGGCGCUUGCAACUGGCGAAUUUGCAACCGCCGUUUCCGACCUAUCCUCAUCCGAUGUUGGGAAGCAAUUAUCGCAUGCCCUUGCAGAACUUGCAGAACUCGAACGCAAAGCCCAAGAUCUCCAGAACACACAGUCGGAACAGGAUCAAUCGACGCUUAUGGCUACGGUCGAUGAAGUACGCAUCUAUCACGCCUGGAAGAACGCGGAAAGCGAUCUCCUGCGGACAAAGCAGACGCAUGAGAAGAACAGGGCCCAGGGAAAGAUUCCUUCGGAACGCCUCGGCUAUUCGUUAAGUCAAAUUGCAGAGGCGGAGCGACGCGCUUCGGAAGCCAAGAAGGAAUACGAGCAUGUUUCGACGCUUGUCAAAUCUGAAGUUGCGAGAUUUGAGCAGGAGAGAAUCGAGGACUUCAAGGAUACGUUACAUGCUUUCCUCGAAGGCAUGAUCUCACGACAGAAGGAGCUCAUUGCUAGCUGGGAAAAUUACCAGCAACUGCUUUUGAAGCGAGUGGGUGGAGGUGGACCUGGCAGCACAAGAACCUCCCAAGACUUGUAG